AUGGUUUUGAGGAAGCAUGAGCUGGAGGCAAAGCUCAAAGACGACAUCCAACUUGUCAAGAGCGGGGUGCUGCGAGAUGACAACCCCUUGGAUCAGAGCGAGGAGUUCAACGAAUUGUUGGCGGCAUGCCGACGCGGCGAUCUGAGAAGGGUACAGGAGCUCAUCUCGACCGGCGUCAACAUCAACGGCAAGGACAAGUUCGACUACACGCCGCUCAUUAUCGUGAGACAGAUCCAUGAUCCCCGUCAAAUUCUUUUCGGAGCAAGUUUAUGUGGCCAUUACGAGUUGGUCCAACACCUACUGGAGUCUGGCGCACUAGCAGAGCGUGAUACGUUCCAGGGAGAACGCUGCAUCUACAACGCGCUCAACGACAGGAUACGAAACCUCUUACUCCAAUACGACUACUCCAAGUCCACGGACCCUCUUCAACCAUGGGCUGCCCACAUUACCUCGCUGCUGGGCCGGGACUCGCCCAAGACCUCAGACAUCACUAUUGCUGCGUCGGAGUCCUUCUCACUUCACAAGUUUGUCCUCUCCGCAAGGACGCCCUACUUCCAGAGGAAGUUGGCCGACGCCCCUGAAACCACAUCGUGGAAGCUGCCCCCUUCCAUACCUGUUGAGUCUUUCCAAGUGGUAAUGCGAUAUCUCUACCUGGGCGAUCUCCCACGCGAUCUCGUAGGCCCCUGGAGCUCAGCUACCGAAGAGGAAGUCCUCACCGGUAUUGACAAGAUCAGCAAGCAGUUAGAAGUGACACAGCUGUGGGAGGCCAUCUUAUCAGGGAAUGACAGGCGGCUGGCCCGCCAAAGGCAUCAAGACGAAGUAUCGAGAGCCGCAUCUCAGAUCGGCAGUUUCUUCGAAGACAAGAUUCUAAGUCACAAGAUGGUCGUCGACACGAGGAAGGUCCAAGACGUCAAGUGGCGGCAUGACAACUCGAUUUUCGCCGACUGCCUUCUCAGGGCCGACGAAGCCGAGAUCGACGAGAAGGAGAUGGACGAAACUGAGCAUACGAAUGGGAUUCCCAUUGGCCCCGGUGCCGAGCCAUCGCAAAAGCAGAACGGGGAGCGCAAGCGUCCCAAAUCUGUCCUAUAUCCCGUCCACAAGGCGAUGCUCAUCCGAAGCCCUUACUUUGAGACAAUGUUUUCAAGCCAAUUUAUGGAAGCACAGGAGUCUGAGCACCUGCACAUCAUCAAGAUAGAUUGUGUCCCCGAGGUGCUUGAGAUCAUCCUCGCUUUCCUCUACACGGAAAAAGCCGACUGCCCGCUGGAUCUGGGACUCGACGUCCUCUAUGCAGCAGACAUGCUGUUCUUGGACAAGCUCAAGACAAAGGCUGCUAUAGCCAUCAGCACACUAGGUAGCGGAAACAACAAUGUCCUUAUUGAUCGGACGCAUACGCAGGAAGACGAGGCGGAGCUGGAGGUUGAAAUUGAGCCCAUCAAUGUGUAUGACGUGAUCCAUGCCGCAUGGGACCUGAGGGUACAGAGACUUGAGGAGUUUGCUGCCCGAUAUAUCGCUUACAGGCUCGAGGACUACAUCGAUGAGGAGGAGUUCGCCGAGCUCAUCCAAGAAAGUGCCUCGAGGCUGAAGAGGAGAGAAGAAACCGAUACCAUCGAGUUGCUCGAUGACAUCCGGUACUAUCUCUCCGAGCGAUUCCGACUGCGGUUCGAGGAUGCCGGUCUGGAUGAGAUGCUGGACGAGGAGGGCGAGAUAGACCCGGCCUUGGCGGAAGCAAUAGCCGGCACAGAGGGCCUGGACAUCAAUGGCGCGGAAGAAAAGCCCGAGGUCAAAGGAGAUGUUAACCCUGCAGUUGAAGCCCCAGCAGAGGCCGAAGGUAUCAACGGGGUCGUCCGCACCUUGGAUGGUGAAAUGGUCGAGGAUGGGUUCUCCUCGGACGCGGUCAAUUACCAGAUUUUGCUGCAGAAGAUUGACGGCAUGCUAGACAAAUUGAAGCUAGACGCAUAA